UGUGAGGUGAAAUUAAUGUUCAUUAUAUGUUUUGAGAUCCUUGGAUGAAGGUAAUGCAUAAAUGCAAAAGUAUUACAGAUAUUCAGCAUCCACUAAGAUUUCCCUCUUUCACCUCUGGAUUCUCGCUCAUGUUUAAGAACAGAUCAAUAAAGUAUUAUUGUGACUAUUUUUCCCAUUUGGGGAAGUUGAGAUGAUGGGAAGGGAAGUGCCUAAGGUCACCCAGGACACCUUAGAACAGAACUCAAAUCUACUUCCUCCCAGUCCAAUGCUUAACCACCAGACUGUCCUUUGUAUAAAUAAGUAAAUAACAACACUCUGUAUAGCUGUGUGUACCCACAAUGAAGUGCAUUGUUUAUCCUGAGCCAGACCCUGGAGUCCACACUCUGUUUUGAGUCAGGCGACACUCGCAUUGUCAGCUGAGGAGGAACUUCAGAACCUGGCUUAUUGUUAUUAAAACAAACCCACCAAAAACAACAACCCGGGUUUUAAAUUAGCCAAAUAAAGUCUAUAGUUUAUUUUCAGCAACUAGUGAACCCAGCGGUCUCCGAGCAAGUGUGCUGCUUGCCUUCAUCGGUGUGUCCAUGGGUGUGUGCGCGCCCGAAGUGUGUGCCUGGGUGUGUAUGUUUUCAAAAAAUACAAUCCCAUCUUUUCCUCUGCACAGAUUAGCUUCUUUCCCGCCAUCAGCAACUGGCCCCCGCAUUCACCAUUGUAUGUGAACUGAAUAUUGUGUGUGACCGGAAAGCUAUUGAUCUGCAGCAUCAGUCAGCAGCCUUUUCUCACUGAGAGCCAGCUCUUUCCCAGUUUCUAACAUGUAAUUUGGAUCCCAAUCUUUCACGUACCACACACUCCCCACCUGCUCAUCUGGGAGAAGGUCAUUAUCCCCCAGCUAUUCACUGGCAAUGGAGCAUGCAAGAAUAGAUGCUUCGUCUAUUGUCCUGCUUAUCUCUGAUUGGCUCUGGAGUGUGGGAAACUCAACCAAGUCAGAGACCCACAGAUUCUCAACGAGGUUGUGCAGUAUAAAUAUAGGGCAGAGUCAGCUUCCAGCAGCACACUUCCACAGGACUUCAGCACGACUGAGAGCUGCCUCCUCGGCUCAGGACAGAUGGCCCCCAGCACUGUUUUCAUGGAGCACAACAACCUGCUGACACCAAAAGAGAAAAACAAACUGAGGAAGCCGGUGGUGGAGAAAAUGCGCCGGGACCGGAUUAACAGCAGCAUCGAGCAGCUGAAACUCCUGCUGGAGAAGGAGUUCCAGAGACACCAGCCCAACUCCAAGCUGGAGAAAGCCGACAUCCUGGAGAUGACUGUCAGCUACCUGAAACAGCAGAGCCAGCUGCAGAUAAAGACUGCAGGAACCAUCCAUAAAAACUCUCAGUUCGACUUCAAGGAAGGCUACUCCAGGUGCCUGCAGGAGGCUUUCCAUUUCCUGUCUCUCCAUAAAGUCCAAACAGAAACGCAGAGCAAGCUCUUGAGUCACUUCCAGAAGAGCCAGUCGGCUGCGCCAGAGGUCAUCUGCUCCCCUUCCAGCCAGAACACCCCAAAGCAAGCAUCCCUGAAGAACGUUAAUGCUCUCUGGAGACCCUGGUAGACUGCGGGGAUGUGGGGAGGCAGGAAACGCUUGCUCUAUGGACCUUUGUCUUUUAUAUUCCAGAGGAUGGGAGUGACUGCAUCUGAUAGUCACAUCCUGAUCCUCUCUAUGUAGGGAAUAUUAUUUCCCGUUUUAUUUAUGUGUGGAAAGAAUGGGAUACUUUUGAUUCUUCAGUUUCAUGUGGGAUCCUCUGGAAAAGGUUCAGGUAUUCUGUUGAGUGGUAUUUAAGCUGUGCAGACACUGGUGAUAGCAAUGUACACCAGGGCACCCAGUCUAGGGGUGCGUGUCUUCAUAAUGAAGGAGGUUUUUGUAGGUGGCUAAAUGUUAUCAGUGUUACAGUUGUGUUAAGAUUGUAACAGAUAGCGGUCUCUGUAGGAGAGAAUUCUCUAAUUUUGCUUGUAAAAGCUGUCAGCUUUGCUCCCACUUUCCUAGCAACCUUUGCUCACUCUUAAUUUAGGACGAAUGUAGUACCUCACUGUUGGUGGACGGUUUUACAAGUUCUCUUGCCCUCUGUUUGCUUGCAGCGCUUGCAUAGCAGCAAAGAUAGAUUCCUAGCUUCUGUUCACACUUUAGGGCUAGCAAGAGGUCACUAGAUAAAACUAUGUGGAAUAUUUCUACCAUUUUGCUGCUUUUUCUGUUUAGGAAAAUAAUAUUUUAAUGCUUUAUAUUAAAGAAAAAAGAAAGUAGAUGCAAGGUUUGGUGGUUCAAUGUUAUACAUUUUGGCUGUCAGACUAGCUCUUUCCAGCAUGUUCAUUAUGAUAAUGAUUGUUCUCUGUACUGAGCGGUUUCAUUCAUUGUGGAUGGUGAGUUUCUCCCCUGCCUGGGAAUGGCCCUGUGGGCUCUGUGCAUACUAUGUAUGCAUCUGUAUCACGUUUGU